AUGUGGUCUUCUGCGGAUUUUAGCGGGUACGGCGGGGGUUCUGAUGCUGGUGGAGGCUUUUUGUCGGGGGCUGUUGCGACUGCAUCAAAGGUUUGCAAUGGUUUUGCUAUAAGUUUGAUUAUUGUUAAGAAAAACCUAGGCCAGAAUUGCAUAAUGCCCUGCACUUGUGCUGAGGUAGCUACGGCGACUCAGGAUGGCGAUAAGUACCUGUCCGCCACGGGCGUUGAAUUUUCACUGGUAGGUUUUCAACCCCUCUGCGCAGGUUAUAGGUCACCUUGGUCGGCGUUAUUCGUUCCGUCAACCUAUCUCCAACGCGUAUUGAUUAUGAGAUCGAUGACUACACUGGGCCGUAUUUGCAAGUGAAACUCUUUCUUGAUGACGAAGUAAGUGCACCUGUUUUCAUCGGUCCAUUUGUAGGAUUCCACUCCUGAGGCCACUAAAGUGAAGUCGCUCGACCGCUUGUCAUACGUUCGUGUAAAUGGCUAUGUACGCAGUUUCCAGGGCGUGCGAAAUAUUGUCGCGUUAAAGGUGGGAUGUUUGCCUCUUUCUUCCGUGUCUUUUUCCACGUCACACCUUAAUGGACCGCCUUCUACAAUUGACCUACUCAUUUUUAUGCUCUAAGGAUCAAAGGUAGUUUCGUGCCAUCCGAGGAAUAACCACAUCGUCCACCAAAAUACGUCUUACCUUACCUAUCAGUGUCUGUAGUUUAUUCUGCAGUCCGGUGUAAGUGUGCUGCCCGUCACCCAUUGUUUCUAUUUGCAGGGAAUACGGUGCUACUAGUAGCGCUCGCGUAUCUGCAAAUAACUGCGACACGACUGGCCUACUUUGUACUUGGAGCGGCAGCGAUCAUGCCUGAUCAAACCGGUCUCGAUGAUGUCAUGUAUUGCACCUCUCCACUCGUGGGGAUUUGCGGCAGCGGAUCUGGACAACCCGACCCAUUCUCUCCUACGACAACGACCGAAUACCGAAGGUCCAAGAACCAUUUCCAUGUCUUGACGAAUCGUGCUCAGCCAGACCUUGAGCGGACCUCCUCGUCGACGCUUCCAGGCAAGCAACGAUGCCGGAUCGAGGGUAGUAUAACUGAGGUCGUAAGGCAGACAGUGGAGAAAGUAUGCAAACCCCCUCAGUCGUUCUCGGACGACCUGAGAUAUCCCCGUAAUAUUGUCGCAGCGAGUGCGGGAUAUCCCAUUUGGAGCAAAGUCGCUGUAUUUCACUCGAAGGAUGAUCCUAAGGCAGUCGUGAUCAAAUACCUCCGGUUUUGCGCAUCUUCCGCACCCAAAGCCCGACAUUCACAAUCGUAGAGAAGGACUGAUUGGACAAAUACGCGGUGCACGCGGGUGUUCGUGGCUCUGGAGAUGUCGCAUCUGGUCCAUAGACACUUUCCAAGGAUUGAAAAACCCUGCGAGCGGGAUCGGUUCGGGAGACAACGUCGUCCCAACAACAGUUUAGAAUAAUAAGCAUAAUUGAUUGACAACCGCGUGGAGCGAGCAGCAAAAAACGCUUGUAAUGUAUCGAAGGCAGACUGUAAUGGCGCCUUUGGUGCGGGAAGGGUCACCGCGCGACUAUUGGAAUAUAACCAUUGAUUGACCGAAUGACCUCAUUUGGUUAACCUAUUGCACCAGAUAACCCAGUGGCCAAUUAUCCAGACAGGAAGUCACCCCUGACGCUCCCCUAACUAGUUAAACAUAAACUGGAUAUUGCUACCUUUGUCAAGAGUCGCCUCUGUGCAUGUAGACAAUUUGAUGCAAUUGAAAGCGGAUACAUCCUUCGGAGGGACCGUUCAGUGGAGGAACAGAAGUCCGGUCGUCCUUAUCUGGGAUGAAAUGUGUGGUCGUCACAGGACGGGGAGCUAUAACGACAACGGAUUUCUGAUGAGGUCGCGCACGGAGCUCAUUCUGCUUGCCACCUAGACCGCUGUUUGCAUCGUCUACGGAAAACCGUAUGAAUACGCUGUAGUUUACGUCAUCGGGCACUGCUUGGACUGCGUUCUCGCCAGGAGGGACCGUCGUAACCUACUUGCGAUAAAGACAAUAUGUCAGGACUGCUAUUGAACUAAUGACCGCCUGGUCUCCUCGAAGAGGAGGCUGCAAACCUAUCCAAACUUAAUGGGAAGAGGGCUUCAUGGACGCCAAAAACUAAAACUCCAGGCCCCGGAUCACCCCGAGCGCAGGCGCGAUCUACCAUUUCGAAGCAGCAUGAGUUCCCGAGGAAUGAAAUCAGCAGCCAAUACAUAAGACUGGAGGACGCUAUACACACCUGUAGCAAAAGUCCUCAAGUCUGCACGCAAAUGAUAAAGACGGCGAAGAAAUCCAACGUCGGAUGUCAGGUUUUGCAAGGCCUAUACGAACAACUGCACAUCUAUAAACAAUGCAGUAAUAUCCCGAUACAUACGCUAAGUACAGCCGAGGCGCUGGGUAUUGCAAGACCAGUUGCUGGCUCACUAGACAUAUGAAAUCCAAAGAUAGGUAGAUUGUAAUGGAGCAAGUCAUGCUCAUAAAGGCACUCUACGACCCCCAUCAACUACAACAACACGUCUCUCAGAUCAGAUGGUACUGCCCUGCUGUCAAAAAAUCUCAGAUACUGGAGAUGUCAAGCUGCAUGCUUUAGGAACGUGCGUAAUCCCGUCUUCAGCCCAUGAAAACUCCAGCAACAGAUCUCCUCAAGUAAAAAACACGUCCCUGCCGAAAAAAAUCAGACCUGUGUAACAGAUGUCCAGCUAAAAUGCCCGGACUGCCAAUUAAAUCCCAACGGAGGUCUGCAGCAACGGGAGUCCUCGACUUCUGCACAAAGUGACCUCGUUCCAGGAAGUGGUAAGACAGAGGUGGGCUCGGACGCGGUGGUCGAUGAAGUCAAUGAACCCGUCUACGCGUGCCAUACGCGGCCCCCUUCCCGCACAGUAUGCUGGGUUUCCACGGAAAGAGGAGGCCUGGGUCUUAAUUCGUGAUAGUGCUAUUUAGGCCACAUUAAGGAGUCUGGGCCUGACUCCCAGUCGUCGAUGUAGUCACCUCAUAUACUUAAUCCGUGCUGACCACGGGGACUGAGUAAUCCUAUCAACUGACAUACUUCCAAGCCACGACUUUUAACGGCUCGUGGUAAUUUCAAAGCUCCCCAGACGUAUUGUAGUGAGGAAUACGCUGGUGAAUGGGGGGGGUGAAUUUCCCAGAGUUGGCCUCACUUUUCCCUCUCUCGUGCACCAGUUGACUGUCUGAGCCUGUCAGUCAUUUGCUGUUGGGAUUGGGCGCAGCUUCUGACACCUGCGACAGCCCGUCUGCAUGUACCGCACGCGUCUUGGUCAUCCAUCAGGUCGCGCCAAAGAACACGCUUCCUACUGACGUGAGUAGUGCAUGUUCAGUCAGUGCGUUAGGUGUUGUUAGGUUGGCUCAUGCGCGGUAUAUAGUUGUGAAGUAAGGUCUGCGGUGCUUUACCGCAGGCCUUCAUAAAGGCGAAUAUGGCGAAAUAGGCCUGUGCAAUGACCUAAUGUCCCUGGGCAGUGUGUGCAGGUGAAGUGGGUGCGACGGGUGUAUAUGGGGGCUCCUGACGCUGGUAAGCCAGUUCCAUUGAGAUGGAUUCGGAAGUCCCCAACCAGGCUGAUGCGUUAUACAGAAGUGCGGUGACAGUAAGGUCAGGAUGGGACUGCGGAUGUUGAAGUGGCAGUGUGGCCAAAUAGCUAGCGCAGAUCGGAUGAGUAGAAGUGUAGAGGGCUUCUCAGGUGUAGAAGGUAGCUUUGUCGUAUAGUCGCAGCCAUGGAUAGUCAUCUGCUCAGUUAGACCCAUGAGGCGUAUGAUUCCUCCGGAUGAGGAGUGUGACAAUUGUAUGUUGGGCUACAGGUAUCGGCUCAGCGCUUCUGUGCGAUGGGAUCGCAAGUGACCGACCUGACCUAUGAACGAUUCGAAAAUGGGAUCACAUGUGUGGCUGUGUGUUAGGACGGCCCAGAACAUGACGCACCGUUCCUGUCUGUCGGAGGUCACGCCCGACAAAGAACCGCAAACCGGCAAAACAGCCUCGCCUAGGAAGCCCGCAUGUGAGCCAGACAUUAGCACGCCGCUGAGUCACGCGCGACCUCCAGGAGUCAGCAACACGCGAGGGCCUGCCCAUGCGGCGCUCAGGACUAGACCAGUAGGGACACGCAAACCAGACGGAGGCUGAACCCUUAAAUGCGAAACCACGGACAGAAGGCUUAAGAGUUGAUGUACACAGGGUGACUGACGCAGUAAAGCUGUUUUCUGGUUUCCUGUCCGUCCCACACAGAACUGGCGUCAUACCAUUGAGGGAUAUAACACUGUGGGUAUGGGUUCGUGCGCGUUCUGUACAACUCGGUAAGCGCGCCGUCAGCCUGCCUGACUCGCUUUGGUCCAGCGCAUCUGCAGCAUAGCCCGUUACGGGGCCGGAUAGUCAGUCAUAACACCAGAACGGGCAGUGCAAUCAAAAAACGUGUCAACCGUCGAACAAGGAAUAACGCGGGGAAAAUAAAAUGAAUAUCUUCAUGCUGUGGCAGGAACGGUUUUGAAAAUACCAAGUAGGAUUAUUGUGGACGCUGAAUAGGUGCUGUUAUCGCGUGCAAAAUGAGUUACAUUAGGCGAUAACCAUUGGUACUGUGUGCCACAACACUGCAUCCUGAAGUGCCACUGCGCUGAUUAAAGCGCUGAGGACGAGAGCUUCUAUCUGUCCAGGAUAGGAAGCACUUAGUAGGCUUGCUGGGCAGGAAUCCGAGCCACAACGAAUCUGCCGUGGAAAGAUGAGGGAGUAAAGAUGGAACGACAAGAACGUUUUCUUGACGUCAGAGUCAUGGACUCGGCUAUCAUCCUCAGAACUUUUCAGUACUGAGAUAAUUCCAGAUUCAGUGAAUAAGCCACAUCAUGGGGAUAUCUGACGAUCUCCUGGCGAAACUACUUUUCUGUAGUAAAGUUGCCGUAAGUUCUUGCAGAGGCUGGAAUAACUUCCUGGGCAUGUUGUAUUCGGCCAGCCUCAAGAAUUGCUAGACCAUAGGCGUUUUAUUUUUCCCGUCAUCGCCUUCAAGGACAAUGUGAAAAGUAACCGGUACACCGCUUCUCUGCUACUUUAAUUACUUAUGCACUUCGAUAGUCAGGUUACAGAAAUUUAUCGACCGUUCCUUUGCAGAAACAAGUUUUUUUGUCAAUCUCUAGUUUGAUGUUGUAUGACUAGAAAUCAACAUUCGUCCCCUCCCCAUUACAUGCCUCUUUUAAGCCUUCAACUUUUCAGCUACGAAGUGUAGACUUUUGGAUUCCUUCGUUGUAAGGCCUAGUUCGGAGCAUGGGACGUCGCAUGCCGGGAGACAGUUGUCAACCGUAUUCAUCACAGUUCACCCGACGAGUGUGCUGAUUAACUGUACAGCUUUGCUGACCGUCCUGAACUGCCCAAUGACCAGCUGAAAGAGGCGUCAAUAAAUUCUGUUGCCAUGUGUUAACUCACUGAUGAGAGACUCGGCGAUGGGAAACGUUCGUAGCUGCUUAGACGAAUACGACUUAGUAGCUCGUCUCAGUUAAGGACCUCUAUCUUGCGUCAACUUUUUUGCAACGCGUAUCACUUGGAAUCCAGGCGGUCUCGGUAGUUCCGCAAGCCCUGAAGGCCUGGCAAAGCCUGUUGACAUGAUCAUGACGUUGAGAGUCCCUGAAACUCCCACUAUCAUUCCUACCUCACAAGGACAUGACAUGCGCAUUAACCAACUGGGGCAGUUAUGCAAGUGACGGCUCAGAUCAGUGGAGUUGCGACUGAGAGCCAGCGUGACCAUAUGAUUCUUAAUGUGGCACGUAUACCAGAGUUAAAAGAUGAAUUUGCGCUUGAGGCGCCGACAGGCUCCCGGAACCAACCCCCCACUAUUACUUCCCUUAUGCAUGCUUCUCAACAUGCUUUCUGGUUACAUCAGAUGCAGUUGUUGAGGUUAUAAAAAAGUGGGAAAUAACAAGUCAUUAAGCUAUCCGUCCUUAAGUAACACCCGACAGGUUGGAGCUAUGAGCCACCUCGCACAUUGUAGACUUUGCCGAGCAUAAUAUCCAGUCAAGACCUAACCUCGCCGUUGGGUUUUCUUUCGUAAAACUCCAUUGAUUGUGUCAUUUACUAUUUCUCAUAAUCCUUAAACGUCAUUUUUGCUAUCUGGGCAGAUAAAGGCGUUAAGGCGAAAACACAGUACAUGGAUCCUCGAAAAGAAAUGUACCUUUUUUGGAUUUAUCUUUCAUUUAGGUAGUCCCACUCGUUGAAAUGAAUGAAAUCACCUGUCACAUCUUGGAGACCAUCUAUGCUCGAAUGUUGCAGGCCAAGACGAAGGCUUCCGGCACUGACUCCAUGAUGCGCUCCACUGGAGACGUCUCGAUCCCCGUGACUGCCGGUGGAUUGUCAGUACUCCAAAAUCAGGUCCUAGUCAGCGUACGUAGUUACCCGGAUGAGAGGGGCAUAUCAGUUGCUCAGAUCUGUGAGAAGUUGCGCGGCAUUCCAGAGCAACAAAUUAGGUAGGCUUCUCUACCUCCCUUAACCCACCUCUUGAGUGUUUUUCUAUGUCGUGCUUCGCUCAAAACAAAAACUCUUCAGACAGUUGGACUUAAAUUAAGAACUAUUUUUAGCUGGGUGACCCCGGCUGUCUGUUCGGGAGACUCGUGUUCUGCGGUUGAUUGGUUGACAAUCCUCUGUUAUGCAUCUAGUUCUCCCUCAAAAUCUGUUCAUUUGAUUAGUCUUCUUCUUUAUCCAUUGGUGUCAAUCAAGACUUCGUGUUCGACGGUUUGACCUUGGACUCUCCGUCCCAAUAGGUUUUAACGGUGUCACCUGUCGUCCUUAAUAGUAUGUACUGGCAGAUAUUUUAUAUGAUAUUUACCCGAGGUUGAUGCCUCCGACUGCGUGCUUCCGUAUCGGUUCUUGUCCAGAACACCCUGGUCAUUAAAGUUCCGCGUGCUUUCACAUCAAUUGUGGGCCCCAGUAAAGUUCCUUCAUAUCCAGAGUAAUUUCACUUUCACUCUUUUUUUGUCCUUUCCUCAAGCCCAAGCUUGAACCUCCCGCGUAGGAGAAAACUGUCGAGUUUUUAUAUUUUCUUACGGGUAGACACAACUCGCACUGCUCUCUGAUACAUAAUAGUUCUUUAUUUUGGCUUAAGAAAACUGAUUCCUCACAACCUAAGUUUAGCUGACGGCCGCAGGGCACCUUGAAAUACCGGUUUCGUCUUCCCUUGCGUCCUCCUUAGCACUUGAAACGCGUCUAAUAAUAAACAGUGUGCACUUUAUUAUUAGUUGCGACACGGUCAUCACUGCAGUAAAACUAGUAUUUCGCAUUCUUCUAGAUUCCUGCCCUUCUGAUUUAAGUUGAUGAGCGUCUCCUGGUAAUCACUAUCACCAUGGAAGUUUUUUGCACAGCUGAUCGGAAAGAGAGGGACCCGAUGGUAGUCGGCUAUAACUAAAUGGAUGGGAUUUUAUGUUCGUGGAAAUGUAGCCAAUCCCAGCUUCGACAAUUUUUCCCACUAUGACUUCAACGUAAAGUCUGGCGUUGCCACACAAAAGGUUACUUCUCUCCUGCCAACUGUAGUUUUUGUAAAACCAUACUCGCUAACAUCCGAGAUUUGAAGUAACGGUGUAUGGAUGCCUAUUCACUACAAAAUCUCACUUGAAAGUAUGUCUUUCCUGUACAGCCAGGCAGACUUGCGCUUAUAUUCUUGACAUAGAGCACUCGUUUUCGGUCAAAAAUAUUAUGAUUACGUCAUUGUAAUAUGACACAAUAAUUUCGGUAUAAGCACCAGCUCGGUGUUUUGCUUGUGUGAAGACUUCAUCUCCACUUUUCACUCAAUUCUCCUGGAUGCCUUUUUGUAUUAUGAGGAAACCGAAGCUGUUAUAAAAGAAGACGAAGGCAGGCUCACUGGGACAGUAGAUUUAUUUGCCUGAGCUUUCGAACUCGAGCUGCAGUUCACCAUCAGAGACUGCUUGAGUGCAGCAACUUGUAAACAUUUAUAUCGCUGUUCCUUGCGAGAGGGAGUACGUCCGUGGCUAGGUAAGGUUUGUGCCGCCUGGUCCACGAUGGUCCCCCGGCGUGGUGGCGCCGUUUGCACUUCGCGACGGUGUGAGCUGCGCCACCUGGCUGUGUGCGCUGAGUGCGUGAUAACACGCAGGCAAAUCAAUGUGUCUAUUGAUAAAGUUGAUGUCCGACACCCACGCCUCUAACAGUUCUCGCCCUGUCAUGUUGCCGGCUCGCGCCAAUAUCCGCGUAUUGGCGAAGUCGAACUCAUGGCCUUCCUCCAGCGUGUGAGUGGCCACUUGAGAUAGUGGGCCGCCUCUUCGAACGGCCCGUUUGGGCUCAAGUAUUCGUGAGCUGUGUAGUGGCAAGGACAGUUUUGGCACGGGAUUUGAUGGACUACGCCCGACUGUUCACCUGCGUCCAGCCGAUCCUUUAUUUUCAUGAUCCUGCUACGCAUGGUGGCCGCCGGAUGAUGAGCGAUGUCCACGUUUAGCUCUGACGCAAUGCGUUCAGUAGCCUCGGACACAUUCUUUAUGUACGGUAGGGAGUGCCAAAUUGUUGGUGUCUCUCUUCCGUUUGUCCGUUUUGGGUGCCUUCGUCUUCUUUUAAACAAGAACCUGGGAUGCGCAUAUCCUCCAUUCGUGCGAAGCUGUUAUGUUUAUAGUCGGUCGAUCGGUCCAGGAUUCUCCAUUAGUUGCUCAAUGACAGUCGCUCCCACCCUCGGCGUUCCUCCGGACAAUGUCAAUUGUCUCGUCAGUAGUUUCCUUUCCUGAAAUGACCGACAGCGUUUGACGAAUUGCAACUCCAUCCUUACUGUUACUCAUACCGGGCAUGGUGCGGCUGUGAUCAUACCUAUUUGAUGAUGUCUCAAACUUACCUAUCCAAACUUGACAGCGACGGAUCUGGAGAGCUCUACCCCAUUCUCUCCUUUAGUGACGGGGACUGAAUACCAAAGUUCGAAGAACCGCUAUGUCUUGGCGGAGUGUUUUAAGCCAGGCUUUGAGUUGAUUUCUGCGAGGCCUCCUGGUGGGCAUCGGCGCCGGAUCGAGGGCAGCAUCAUUGAGUUCAUGAAACAAACGACCGAAAACUUGCCCAGACCACAUCAGUCGUCUUUUUUGUAUUGCGGCUAGUGUGAGCAGUCUCAUCCGAAAGUAGUGUCGAUUCGGGGGGCGACAUUGUCGACAGAAGCCCCUUCUCAUCCGAGGCGUUCGGAACUGUUUACCUCUUCAAGUACGCCGCCCAGUUCCGUUACUCGCCGCAGUGACUCAUGAUGAACACAAUCGAACGUUGCGAUGUAGUAAACAACGCAGAUGACCGUCGGUUUGUGAUGAUCAUGGGUAGAUUCAAGGAUUCGCAGCAGUUUUAUUAUCUGUCUGCGCAUCCAUGCCCGGUCCGAGCUCCCCUAGACGCCCACGCAAAGGAAGACCGGAUUUAAUAUGUUCAGGACAUCAACUGUGCUGGGUUGUUGGAAUUUUGCGACGUCAGGGCGUCUUGCAUGCGACCAUUUGAAUGCAAGUGAAAGUUAAACUUUCAGGCGUCUGAGACAGCAUCUGCUUGGGCCGCUGUGGUGUACGGUUAAGUAAUAAUUGAUCCCCUGAACCAUGAUUUUCCGUAAGCCAGACCUAACCAUAAGGCAGCGGCGGGAAACUUGUUUAAUGAGUGUUCACAGUCGCCAUGUCAUAAUGCCGUCAUCGAUUCUUUUAUAAGGCAGUCGGUGUUUCGAACCACAGAUUUUGUCCUAUUGGUUCGUCCAUCGCCAGCAUAAGGACCGUCAGCCGUGGACGCCGUGUGGUGGCUUAGACGUGUAGUUAUUUACCUCAAAACGGACCCACACGGCCUCGUACUCUCUUCCUACGCCCAACAUGCUGCAUUUGCCAGAGCCGGUGUGGCCCGAGCUGGGUGCCGGCGCAGUGUUUUUAGGUGCUCAGUCUGCGUCUACCUUCCUCAUCCUCCACUUCAACGCGAGCAAGACACAGCAGAAAGUAGGCAUCUCAGAUUUAAUAUAAGUAAGUGUUAUAAAGACCACACCAGGGCACUACUGCCGCCAUUCAGUUAUGAGUCGAACGCAGUUGACAUCCUUCGAAAUCAUAACUGUUAGGGCUUUGCGAUGGGCUAAAAGCACGUUCGUUUAGCUAUGGCGAGGGAGCUAAGGGUUCAGUUCGAACUAGGUUGACCUCGCUUCCUCUUUCCUCCUCUUUACCAGUGGCCAAUGCGAGUCAGGCUGACUGGCGUUGAAAUUCGGUACAGUGACCGACCUGGUGCGAGUCCCUGUCUAACGUAUGAAAUACGCAUAUAGGGCAGCACUCAUUGCUUCACACAGACUCUGCAUAGCCUGAAUACUGCAUACCUUGGCUCAGUAUUAUGUUAACACAUCGUACCUCCAGUCGGUAUAACUCGACCAGGUCGCUGGCUCGUAGGAGAGGCAAGAGAGAGUACGGUUGUUUCAGUCAUUGGUUUUCUGCUACCAAACAACCAGCGCCAUUUAUAACUGUCAAAUUUCCGUAACUUCACCAUAUCAUGAGCGUUUUUUGGCAGUUGUUUAUGCGGAGACCAGCAGCAAGAUUUCUCUGAAUAGUGAAUUUUAGGUUGACAACUCUAGUGGAUUGCUUAUUCACUGCUGGCCGAUGACGAUAUGUGGACUACAUUCUGUGUCUCCAAUGGUCAAUAUUUCCUCCUCUUUUCAGAGAAGACCUGGACUUCCUCAGCGCUGAAGGACACGUCUACUCGACCAUCGAUGAUGACCAUUUUAGAGCUACAGAGGCCUAG